CCGAGGAGCGUCCGGCGUAGUGCAGAAGUAGUUUCUUGCGAUUAGGGUGAAGACACCUGUGGGACCAGCCUCCACCCAUCGGAAGACCCCUUCGUAACGGUGAUCUACCUCGGCGACAAUGUCCAGCCAGAUCAUUCCAUCCCUCCCCAAAACAUUUUCCAGUAGCCUGGACCUGUGGAGGGAAAAGAAUGACCAGCUCGUUAGACAGGCUAAGCAGCUGACUAGGGAUUCUCGUCCGUCUCUGAGGCGACAGCAAUCAGCCCAAGACACACUGGAAGGGUUUAGGGAGCUCCUCCUCACUCUUCAAGGCCUCCCUGCUGCUGUUCCUGCUCUGCCCUUGGAGCUGACUGUCACCUGUAAUUAUAUAAUCCUGAGGGCCAGCCUGGCCCAGGGUUUCACUGAAGACCUUACUGAAGAUGUUCAAAGGGGCCUAGAAAGAGUGCUGGAGGCCCAGCAUCAGAUGGGGUCCAAGUGUCAGCAGGGACUCAAGGAGCUGUGGCGCGCUGUCCUCUCUGCUCCCUCCCCUCUGCCGGAGCUGCUGCCUGCCUUACACUGCCUGGCCAGCCUUCACGCUGCCCUCUGGAUGAGUACCGAUCACCUCGGGGACCUGACCUCACUGCUGCAAACCCUAAAUGGCAGCCAGACUGAGACCUCUGAGGACCUGCUACUAUUGCUAAAAUCCUGGAGUCCUCCAGUUGAGAAGCUACACGCUCCACUGAUUCUGCAGGAUGCGGAGAGUUUAAAGGAUGUCCUUCUGACAGCAUUUGCCUGCAGACAAGGCUUCCAGGAGCUAAUCACAGGGAGCCUACCCCAUGCACAGAGCAGCCUGCAGGAAGCAGCCUCAGGUCUGUGUCCGCCAUCGGUGUUAGUCCAGGUGUACACGGCGCUGGGGACGUGUCUCCGUAAGAUGGGAAGUCCACAGAGAGCACUGUUGUACUUGACUGAAGCCUUGAAAGUGGGAACAACCUGUGCCCUUCCACUUCUGGAAGCUUCCAGAGUAUAUAGGCAACUGGGAGACACAGCAGCAGAGCUGGAGAGCCUGCAGCUACUGGUUGAGGCCUUGAGUGCCACCCAUAGUUCUGAAACAUUCAAACGUCUCAUUGAAGUAGAAUCGCUACUUCCACAACCUGACCCAGCCUCUCCUCUCCAUUGUGGCACACAGAGCCAGGCCAAGCACCUGCUAGCAAGUCGAUGCCUACAGACGGGGAGGGCAGAAGAAGCUGCGGAGCAUUACCUGGACCUGCUGGCAGUGUUGCUGGAUGGCUCAGAGCCUAGGUUCUCCCCACCCACCUCUGCUCUAGGGCCCUGUGUGCCGGAGCUGUGUCUGGAGGCAGCAGCAGCAUUGAUCCAGGCAGGCCGAGCCUCAGACGCUUUGACUGUGUGUGAGGAGCUACUCAGCCGUACGUCAUCUCUGCUUCCCAAGAUGCCCUCCUUGUGGGAAAAUGCCAGCAAAAGAACCAAAGAACUGCCAUAUUGCCCAAUCUGGGCCUCUGCCACUCGCUUGCUUCAGGGCCAGGCCUGGUCACAACUGAAGGCUCAAAAAGAGGCACUUAGUGAAUUUAGCCAGUGCCUUGAGCUGCUCUUUCGGGCCCUGCCUAAGGACAAAGAGCAAGGAGCAGGCUCCAACUGUGAGCAGAAAUGCAAGUCUGAUGUGUCACUGAAACAGCUUCGAGUGGCUGCUCUGAUUAGCCGUGGACUGGAAUGGGUAGCCAUUGGACAGGAUACCAAAGCCUUAAGUGACUUCCUUCUCAGUGUGCAGAUAUGCCCAGGCAAUAGAGAUGGUUCCUUUUACCUGCUUCAGACUCUGAAAAGAUUGGAUCGGAAGAAUGAGGCCACUGCUUUCUGGCGGGAGGCCCAAAGUCAGCUGCCACAGGAAGAAGCUGCCAGGUGUCUUCCACUGUAUUUAGAAACCUGUUUGAACUGGAUCCAUCCCCCUAACUGUGAAGCCUUUUUUGAGGAGUUUGGGACUGCGGUGUUGGAGUCUUGUGACCUUUAGCUUCUUUGUUCCAGGAGCUUGAACUUUGGCCUCUGUGGACUCUCCUUGGGGAGGGUUUUGUUUUUUGUUUUUUCGUUUAUUUUUUUUUCUGCCUUAUCUUCUUUGGAGAAUGGCUGGAACUGAUUGUCUCUAAGUAAGUCCUUCACUCAUGAGACUGGUCCUGUGAACCUUGAUCUACUUACUACCAGUCUAGUUCCAUGAACAAAUCAUUGUCUGUUCAUGGUAGUUUCCUUCCUCCCUCCCUCCCUCCCUCCCUCUCCCCC